AUGUUUCAUGAAGGCUACACCGGAGACAUUCAAAGGCACACCGCCGCGGCCAUCGAAAGUGCAACCAGAGCCAGCAUUGAAAAACGAGGAAGCAGAAGAAUAAGCUGGGGAAUCAGCAAAAAUCGCGGCCUCAAUGUAUCAAUCGAAGAUCUUCGCAGACGUUCGACGAAAUUCGUCGUUUUGGGCCUUGAAGAUGUCGGAAAAACAGCGUUUGUUGUGAGAUUCGUCACAAAGCGAUUCAUUUCCGAGUACAUGUCUGACAGACAUUCUUGCUACGAGCACGAGCUGACGUACACUGGCGGAGAGAAACAUUACUUUGAAAUCAUGGAUCUUUCGAAUAAAGUUCUCAAAGAUCCGGAUAAUGAAAAGGGUGGAGAAGAAUUCGACGACCACAUAAAAUGGGGCGACGCAUUUCUCCUUAUGUACUCAACAACCGACCGUGUCAGCUUCAACGAAGUCUCCCGACUCGCCAUGACGAUCAGAUUGCUUCAUAAAAACACGCAUCCAAAGCCCAUCCUGGUCCUCAUCGGAACCAAGGUCGAUCUUGAGCCGCAAAGAAUCGUCUCUGAGCUCGAAGGAAAAAAGCUCGCGGAAAGCCUCAACGCUCGAUUCUACGAAGUCAGCUCGAAAGAUGACUACAACGAAGUGGCGAGAAUCUUCAGAGAAAGCGCCAAUGUCUGCAGGUUAAAUAUGGUCAAGACGCCACUUCUGAUGCGCCGAGCUUCCGCGACCGCUCUUCCUCCGAGCAGCAAUGGAAUGAAGUCUUUUAAAUCACGUGGGAAACUCGCUUCCGUUGGAGAUGAAGAUUCAGAGGACUAA